GUCUUAGGAGCACAUGGGAAGAGAGCGGAUCUUGAGGCUGCAAGAUCGAUCGGGCCUGGCGGAACUUUUCCACGUGGACAACAUACAGCAGUCGAAAAUGAGAAAAUCCCGUGUGAAUUUGAUAUCUCUACUCCAGAGAGACCUAACCUGGGCAUACCAAGAGAUCGUUGUCGAGGCUUUUGUGGUACUUUGGGUAGCUUGCCAACUGUCCGUGACUUUUGCUACGCGCAUUCUACCUAAUUGGAGACCAACCAGAGCCGAUCCACGGAAAAGAACGGAUUUCGACAGCGUUCUCAAUUAUCUAGAAUACAAUGUGAAUGGAUGUUUCUGGGACCGCGUGGCCUCUUACUGGCAAGAAGUUUACGAAGAUACGCAAAAUCCCAGCAUCCUGAAUAUACGCUUCGGUUUCGUCGGUACAUGCCUGAUCCUCUGCAGCACCGCAACGCUCUGCCUGUGGUUCUGUUGCUACCUUUUUGCCAACCGCCACUGGUGUUUAGCCCUGUAUGAAUCGUACCACUUACCAUUUUGUCCAGCAAUCAGCCGGUUCUUCGACUUUGCCUACAACGAUUCCCCGUGCGUUAUCAAUGAAGUAUCCGAGUCGGAGGGUCGCUGUGUUGCAGACGCCUGGGUUGCCACCGUGAAAGUUGUCCUUCCAAGUGAAAGUCCUUCGGUACCACAAAUCGAACAGCGCCCGGCGUUGUUCACCAUCAAAAGUAUCCCACACCGAUUGCAAGGACCGCUGAAACUUGUAUGCAUGCUAAUUGCUGCGGGACCGUUAUUCUAUCUGGCCAUCAUCAUUUGGCUGUUUUUUUCGACGAUAUUGUUAUGGUUGGUCGGAUUAGUCGCACGAACUAUCGCAAUGCAUUACGGCGAAGUAGCAAUUUUCCCCUGCUGUGUGAUCUUUAUAACCGUGUGCUCCAUGUACUGCUGCGGAAGAAUAUCGGGAUUGUGGAUGUGUGAAAGUUAUCUGUGGGCUCUGUGGAACAAAAUCAGGUGGUUAUACGGAUGCCAACCACAUCCAACUGAUCCAGAAAAGUCCGAUGCAACUUCUUGCGAAAGUGACAGCGAUGAAUCCGGGACAGAUCUUUUACGAACCUUGGAAGUUUGGCUUGGACUACUUUCGUACUGUACGGGUGUCUUCUUCAACGUGGAUUCGUUGUACAAGCCCAUCCAACAAUUCUUUGACCGCUCGGUCAAAGAAUUGUUGGAUGGGCUUGUACAUUCAACCCUUUCCACAAGUGUCUGGUUAUGUCAGCCAUCCUGUUUCUGCUGUUAUAAGCUGCGCUGCCAAUUCCUCACUUGACAUCCAGGUGCUGAAGCCGGCUGUGGCUAUGGUUUCGUAUUAGGCGGAUGUGGGUAGUAUCCUGGGAAAUACGACUAAUGUCACCAUUUUAUCUGACCUAUCGGUUAUUAUGCCGACAAUGGAAAUCGCUUUUCUUGUCUGGAGUGGAACGCUUUUCUAUCUGGCGGCGUUCCCGUUCUUGCUUUUAGUAGUGGGCGAAGUCGGGUUUUUCGUUGUUCUCUUCUCUGGCGCUCUGGAUUGUUUAAUGCCGUCACGAGGGAGAUUACUUUGCAUACCAUGUGCCUGCGCUAACCCGAUGGGAGCUGGUCGUGUUAUUAUUCUGCUCUUGGCCAGACCGCUGAUGUGGUACCUGCUCCCGUGGCCUAUCACGCGGUUUUUCCUUCCAGAAUACCUGCAGCUGCCCGGCAUUUUGCUGAUAUCGACGGUCAUUGUUUCACGGAUGUAUUACGAAUGGAUUCUCCAUGUGAGGCUACAAUGGAAAAAUGGAGAUUUCAGACCGCUUUUACGCCGAUUCUAUCAACCGAAAGGAAGAGAUGCACAAGUUUGCCAGAGGCCACACCACAGAGAAGCCCUGGUGCCUCGCAGUUGAUUGGGUGGAAGCAGGGGGCUGGUCAAUAUUUCUCCAUAUUUUGGUCGUGUUAGUGAUGUUCAUUUCAUCAUUAAUAACACGGAAAUGCCACCAAAUCAGUAUUACCGUAAGUAUUAACGGACAAUUACAGCUAGUACAGCAAUCUUUAACACGCUUGAUUUCUAUUAGCUUUAUGGAAUAACAUCCGUGCAUGCCCAAAAAUAUAUGUAUGAGGUUCUCCCAUUCCAAACUACAAUAAUUUCGAUGUACUGAGUGAUUUUUUGCCGAGGCAUGUUUUAAUUUGUGGAUGCUAACAUUCUACUCGCAUUAUACGAAGGUUUACCACAUAAUUUAUACGAGCCGUAUGUAAUCGUA